GUGACGAGAAUGACCGUCUCGCUGGUGGUCAUCAUGUUUGAGCUCACCGGCGGCUUGGAGUACAUCGUCCCCCUGAUGGCCGCCGCCGUCACCAGCAAGUGGGUGGCAGAUGCAUUCGGUAAGGAGGGCAUCUACGAGUCACACAUCCUGCUAAACGGCUACCCGUACCUGGACGUGCGGGACGAGUUCACCCACCGCACGCUCGCCACCGACGUGAUGCGUCCCCGCAGGAAUGACCCGCCGCUGGCUGUCCUCACGCAGGACUCCACGACAGUAGAGGAUGUGGAGACGCUGAUCAAAGACACGGACUACAACGGUUUCCCCGUGGUCGUGUCCAGAGAGUCAGAGAGGCUCAUCGGCUUCGUCCAGCGCAGAGACCUCACGCUCGCCAUCAAGAACGCCCGUCAGAAGCAGGACGGCGUGGUGAGCAGCUCAGUGGUCUACUUCACCGAGGACGCACCGCAGCUGCCGGCGAGCAACCCACAGCCGCUUAAGCUGCGACGCAUCCUCAACCUCAGCCCAUUCACCGUCACCGACCACACACCCAUGGAGACCGUGGUGGACAUCUUCCGCAAGCUUGGUCUGCGCCAGUGUCUGGUCACCAGGAGCGG